AUGGUUAGAGUCCUAUCGAGAACUCCACUUGUGCAGAGGAUUCGACGUGCGCGGCGGACUAUCCCGGUUGGGUGUCUCUUCUUAUAUGACCAUCUUAUAUUUUUCAUGAGUUUCGUGGAUUCGCUUUCUCUUUCUUUCAUUUUUUUUUCUCUGUUGACACGCUGUCUCAUGGACAUUUGGACUUGUUGA